ACAUUUAGUGCAGUAGACAUUGACAGCUAACAGCGAUUCACCACGUCGAGGGAAAACCAUGGCCAUGGCUUCGAUUCUACCCGCCUCGACCAAUGUCGGCGAAAGUGAUCGUGUCCUCAAGUCCAUGGACGCGAACCGCUACGCAACGAAGAAAACCAUCGCACAGGGAAUGCUGGACAUAGCGCUUCUGACGGCCAACGCGUCCCAGCUGAAGUACAUUUUGCAGGUCGGCGAAAAGCACGAAUUCUACGCUCUAAUGCUGACGCUAAUCAGCAUCUCCAUCAUACUGCAGAUGCUGGUCGGUAUUUUGUUUGUGGUGAUCGGUAGCUUGAACAUCAACCGCAAACCGGACCAAACGGCCGCCAUCGUAUUGAACGAUGUGAUUCUGGUACUCAUAUUCGUCAUCUCCCUGCUCAACGUCAUCAUCUCCGGGUUCGGGAUCGAAUACGCUUCUCAGCCGUUGCGGCGUCUGGAACGAAUAGACCCGACGACACGCGAGGUUGACAUCACAUCGAGGCAGACCCAGCAUAACAAUUAA